GCAGCGCUGUGGAUGUGAGGCUUUGGACUGAUGUCGCUGCCUAAUAUCAGGAAUCUAAAGUGUCUCUCGCCGGUCAUGUGCCAGUGUAAAGUCAUCUGCAGCAACCGGACCCUUUCGCUCAUGUUCGGGUGUAAGAAGUACAGGUACCAGGAUGAGGAGACGCCCCCCUUGGAGCACAGUCCAGCACAUCUGGCUCCAGGGAAAAGUGCCGAAAUGCUGCACAUGAGCGACAAGAACCUCGCCGCCAUGGAGGCCAUACAUGGCUACACGCCACACACACAUAUAUCCCCUGUCAAGCCAGUGUUGAUGUCUACAGGACACACUCCAAUGUACACCUCUGCUGUUUCCACACUGGGAAAUAGUCCACCUGUGGUGGUGAACACGGACACACUCGAUGGAUCGCCAUAUGUGAAUGGAACAGAAGGGGAAAUUGAGUAUGAGGAAAUCACACUAGAGAGAGGGAACUCGGGCCUGGGCUUCAGCAUAGCAGGGGGAACUGACAAUCCCCAUGUGGGCGACGACCCGAGCAUCUUUAUUACGAAAAUCAUACCUGGAGGAGCGGCGGCUCAGGAUGGACGCCUGAGUGUGAACGACUGCAUCCUCUUUGUGAAUGAUGUUGACGUGAGAGAGGUGACACACAGCCAGGCUGUGGAGGCUCUGAAGGAAGCAGGUGCUAUCGUCCGGCUCUACGUUCUCCGUCGGAAACCAGCGGCGGAGAAAAUCACUGAACUGAAACUUAUCAAAGGGCCUAAAGGACUGGGUUUUAGCAUUGCUGGAGGAGUGGGAAACCAGCACAUACCAGGAGAUAACAGCAUCUAUGUCACCAAAAUCAUAGAAGGUGGAGCAGCACAUAAAGAUGGACGUCUGCAGAUUGGGGAUAAGAUCUUGGCGGUAAACAACGUAUGUCUGGAAGAUGUCAUGCAUGAAGAUGCUGUGGGGGCACUGAAGAACACAGCCGAGGUGGUGUACCUCAGGGUGGCAAAGCCCAACAACCUGUUUCUGACCAACUCCUAUAACCCUCCAGAUCUCACUAACACAUAUUCCCAUAUGGAUACUGAACUGAGCCACCCCAACUAUCUUGGAUCAGAUUACCCACAAGCCCUCACUCCCACCUCACCGAGUCGCUUUUCACCUGUUCUGCAUGGCCUGAUGGGAGACGAUGACAUUCCCAGAGAACCUCGCAGGGUUCUGAUUCACCGAGGCUCCACGGGUCUGGGAUUCAACAUCGUUGGAGGAGAAGAUGGAGAGGGGAUUUUUAUCUCUUUCAUCCUAGCAGGAGGGCCAGCUGACCUCAGUGGAGAGCUGCACAAGGGCGAUCAGAUCCUCAGUGUGAACGGUGUGGACCUGCGAAUGGCCACACACGAGCAGGCGGCUGCAGCAUUGAAGAACGCUGGUCAAACGGUGACCAUCAUUGCUCAGUAUAGACCAGACGAGUACAGUCGUUUCGAGGCAAAGAUCCACGACUUGAGGGAGCAGUUGAUGAACAGCAGCAUGGGCUCUGGUACGACAACGCUAAGAAGCAACCCAAAGAGGGGCUUCUACAUCAGGGCUCUGUUUGACUAUGACAAAACGGCAGACUGUGGCUUCCUCAGUCAGGCGCUAGGCUUUAGGUUUGGGGACGUGCUCCAUAUCUUGGACUGCGGGGAUGAGGAAUGGUGGCAGGCACGUAAGGUCAGCCCCCAGAAUGAGGCUGAGGAGGUUGGCUUCAUUCCCAGCAAGCACAGGGUGGAAAGAAAAGAGUGGUCGCGCGUCAACACCAAAGAGAGGGAUCACGGUCGGGACACCUUGGGAACGCAAGGGAGAGAUAAAACGUCGCACAGUUAUGAGACCGUCACCCAAGUGGAAGUUCACUACGCGAGGCCCAUCAUCAUUCUGGGUCCUGUGAAGGACAGGAUAAAUGAUGACCUAUUGUCUGAGUUCCCUGAUAAGUUCGGCUCGUGUGUCCCACACACCACACGACCCAAACGGGAGUAUGAAGUGGAUGGGCGGGACUACCACUUUGUGUCGUCAAGGGAACAGAUGGAGAAAGACAUCCAGAGCCAUCGCUUCAUCGAAGCGGGCCAGUACAACAGUCACCUGUACGGCACCAGCGUCCAGAGUGUCCGUGAGGUGGCUGAACAGCAAGGGAAACACUGUAUUCUGGACGUGUCGGCCAAUGCUGUACGACGACUACAAGCUGCUCAGCUUCAUCCUAUUGCCAUCUUUGUCCGGCCUAAGUCACUGGAGAAUGUCCUAGAGAUUAACACACGCCUGACAGAGGAGCAGGCCAGGAAAGGAAUGGACCGAGCCCUCAAACUAGAACAGGACUUCCUCGAGUGUUUCUCCGCUGUCGUGGAAGGGGAUAGCUUCGAAGAGGUCUAUCACAAAGUAAAGACAGUGAUCGAGGAGCAAUCAGGGCCUUACAUAUGGAUUCCCACCCGAGAGAGGCUGUGAUGCCCUCCCCCCUCCUGCAUAUCAUCUACCGACUCGCACCACCCUUCACCGCCAAGCCAGCCUCGCCUCCUGGGACAUCCUCCAGAAAAGUUAGUGCUUCACUGAAGAAGACGGAUAAAAAACACACAGGAAGUGACACAGUGAGAAUGAUACUAGAAAAAGACACUGAUGUGUAAUUAGACUGAAACAGACUUAAUUAGUAUUCCACUUUCUCGAGGCAAGGCUGCAGUUCUGAGGCCACAUUCACACUUGGCAUUAAAAAGCCAUUUCACCCAAAAUUGGGGACACAGAUGUCUUUGAGAGAGUUGGUUCAUGGUGUCAGACCACCUCAGAUUUGGUUCCUUAGUAUCUAUCACAGCUUCAAUUUCCUCACAUAGACAGGAAUCUAAUCAACGUGAUUAGUUUUGGCAUAUUCCAGAUACAUUUUGGUGUCAAGUGUGAAUUGAUGCUUAUCUCAUCUGUCUUGAAACAGUCUGGAGGUAAAGAAGACAUCAGUUUUGAGCAGAUUAAAAGGUAGUACAGGGUGGCAGGGAUGGACCCCAAUGUGGUUUGAAGCCUACACCUGAAGGUGCCCUCAGACAUUGACUGGUUACCCCAGUUUUUGUAUACCAUCUGCUGGCUCUCUACCCACCAGUCAACUCCGCUUUUUUUCAGGACAGGAAAAGAGUAGGGGGUUGAUCCUGCCGAGACCCUCAAGACCAGAAGUCGUUCACGGGCUAAUCAGUUAUUUUUUUCUUUGAUUUUGAGCGUGAACUAUGAAAAUCCAACCUCAGUGACCAAGACUGAUCCCCUGUCAAAUAUUGCAAAGCACUAUUAUUUAAAGGCAGUAAAAAUGAUUCUAAUGAGAAAAAAUGAAUAUGCAUUGUGCAUGUAUCCUCAAAGACAAUGAAAGGAAAGGACUCAAAACAAUGAAAGCUAUGAGGGAAAAAUCAUUUUUUAAAAAGUUAAGUGGAGUGUGGGUGUGUUUUAAAGCAAGUCUCGUGAUGGAGAAGAUCAGAGACACGGCCACUUGUGAGCAGAGUAUAAACUGACAUACAUUUUAGCGUCUUAUACACACAUGCUCACGCAUGUCCACACACGUGCACCAAAAACUUGUAUAAUUGUAACCUCAGCUGUAACCUAUCACACCCCUCUGCGAGAGGGGUGGAGGGCUGUCUGUUCUGACCUUUGUCUGGUCACAAACCUGGAUGAAUGUUAUCACUCUCUGGGCACAAACAGCAGAGCUUGAACACACCACGGCCGACGCGCCUAUCACUCUUCCGAACCAAUCCCUCAGCCACAGACAUUCACACUGUUUUCCAGUGGCUGUACUAAAAGCCAUGGUGUCAUGGUGUUUGUGUGUGCGCAUGUGUGUGCGUGUGUGGGAGGUACAGGUCUUCUUUUACUCUCAUGCUUCCAGUCCUCCUCUGCUUUCUCCCUCUUGUGACCAUACACAUAAAAGUAAGUCACAAAUAAACGGUCUAUAUAUAUAUAUAAAAAUAUAAAUAUAUACACAUAUAUCUUUUUUAUGACAAUUUCUAACAGGACUAUAGUCUGUAAAAAGAAAAAAAAAAAUCUCCAAACAUUACACUGGUUAUUUUGUUUAAAUUUGCGGUUUGGUUUGUGGAAUUUACCCACACUCAGCAAAAAGCUCACACAGAAAUGUUGACGUAAAGAUGAUCUCACAAGUAUAUUUGACGUGUCAGUCAUAUUUCGGACACCUAUGGAAACAUUUAUACAAUGGAGAUACUGUAUGUCUGAGUGCGUGCAGUACGUGGACGAGAUGCACCCUGUGCAUAAAAUAAGAACUAUAAAUAACUAUAUGAGCAUAUCUCUCCUUUAUAACACCCACAACCAGUUUUAAUGUAUAAAUAAAUGGGUGGUGUGCGUACAUGUGCCAGAGAGAGUGUAAGACGUGCACAUGAUGUAGUGCAAUAUGGCUAUGAUGUUAUGCAAUGAAGAAGGUUACAGUAUGUGUGUCCAGAUUUCAAAUUAUUUAUUGCACUGACAGCAUUUUAUGCCACAGGUAAAAAGGCUAAAAAACAAAAGGAUUUCAAGGUUUUAUGAGCAUGUGUUUGUGUUAAGUUCUUUUUCAUUUUACUGAAUUCUAAGAGUGAAGGUAAAGUAUUGAUCAGUCAUAUUUAUUGUUGAUUUUUUGCUCACUGACUUCCUUCAACUCAUACGGAACAGCUGAAUCUUGUUAAUCACAAGUAUCAAUUUAUGUUUUGUUUAUUUAUUUCGAAUUGUCUGUAUAUUUUUAUAUUGUUUUCCACAUUGAGAGAGUUUAUGCGGUCUUGCUGUAAAUAUGAUGCCGUCUGGCUUUAGAUUUAGCUGUGGACACUGCAGAAUUGAUGCAGAGUACUGAAUCCAACAAAACGACAGCCCAGUUUAACUGCUCCAACAUAGAAACAUCCGCAUACACGCGCACAAACACACAAAUAUGUAAGCAUCCAGUCACAUCCAUGAAUAGAAUGUUUUCAGUUUGUUUAUUUGAGGGUUCUGUGUAUUUCUUAAUAUCUCUCUCAAGUGUGAUAUUCCUUAUUAAAAGAAAGUAUAUUAAUUUUUACAGAAGAAAGAUUAUAUCAAAGUUGACUGAUGCAGAAAACUAUAUUUAACAAUGAGAAUAUCAAGCAAAUUAAAAUGUUCCAGUUCAGUGAAGCGCUUGUUGUAAAUUAGCUAUGA